CUGAGGAACCCAUAACCAAAUGAUCUUCCCCUCCCACCUUACUCUAUUCAGAGCACUGAAGCCCUUUAAAAAAAAAAAACAACUCAUUUUCCAAUGUGAGCCACUUCCUGCCCUCAUUAACUCCAUCCCCAGUGACUUGGCCAGACACUGCUCCCAGCCUGAAGCAGUGGGAGGCUGUGCAAGUCAAAGGUCCUUCAGGCCUAUCACCAGGUCAGCAGCAAGGUCUCUCCCAAGGAUACUGAGAUGGAAACAGAAGAAGAGCCAGCUCUGAAUCUUAGGCAGACCCUGGAGUGGCUGAGAAAAGAGCUGGGUGAAAUGCAGGCCCAAGACCAGAGACUCCUGCUCACACUGAGGCAUCUGCACAGUGUCCUGGAGGAACUGCGUGCUGAGAGGGCCCACUGGGAGGAUGCCAGGUCCCCUGAAGGGGCAUCCCCCAUCAGAGCUCGAGCAGGCUCAGAAGGCACAGGCCACCAGCCCACCUGCUCUAGGGAGCUGGCCCAGCUCCUCCAAGAGGGAGACAGCAGACGAAGCUCCCUCCCUUAACUGGCCAGAGAUGACCCUGGGCUUGAACCCUCCCUCCUACCACUGGUCUAAACUGUGACUGUGAUGUUGCUGGGGGAGAGUACUGGAAUGGGAGUCAGGAAUCUAGGGCUCUGAGUUCUCCUCUGCCUCCAUCCUCUUUGUGAUCCUAGACUGGUCACUCAACUUCUCUGGGUUACUGGUUCCUUCUCUGUUACUCAUCAGCGUUUUUGGUGAGGCAUAAAUAAGGUGUCAGAUGUGAAUACAAACAUGUUACAUGCCUCUGGCAAGCACCAAGACUUGAGAGUUUCUCACAAGGUUAUUGUUAAAACAAAGAAAUAACUCAAUGUGUGUGAGGAUGUUUAUCUGGUGUUGCCAUGGUGAAGAACAGACACUACUCCCCAACUGCCACCCACCUCCACCCCAGCUCCCAGUGACCUGAUGGUUUUUCUGUCUUCCCAGCAGGACUUCUCAUGACUCUUUAUCUGAAAGCACUGGUACCUGUCACCCCCUUGGCCAAAAGGAUGGACAUGUGAACCAGGCCUGGCCAAUUAUAAUUCAUGUCACUCUAACAAAGACAUGACUAGCCCAAUGGAAGGGCAUGUGACCCAACAGAACCUAUCAUAUCCUUCUCUGGGAUUGCUGUCUGGAUGCUCUUUUUACUGCAUUUGCAAAGCAGGGGCUUCCAGUGACCUUGCUCCCUGCUAGGUGAAGAAGAACAGACUGUAGUAGGAAAGAAAGAGGCUAAUCUUCAAAGAAAAUUAGAAAGAGGGCAACACAAGAGAUGGGCAGAGAGAAAGAGUGCUAGUGCUGGCUCUUUUUAGUCCCCAGUUUCGGACCCUAGUUCUCUGAGUUACUCCUGAAUUUCCAGUGAUAGAAACUAGUAAAUUCCACCUACCACCAAACACCAAUUUGUUUUUGCUUAAACUGAUCUGAGUAGGGGUUUCCCUCAUUUGCAACCAAAUGAUUCUAAGAAAUACAGUCCAGAUGUUCAAAGAAGCAAAGAAAAGAAAUGAUCUGGAAAACGGCAUUUCACUCAUUCAGGGUUGGCAAAAACAACCCUGUAAUAGCAGACAACAUUUAUGAUGUGGCAGAAUACUCAAUUGUAUGGGGUGCUGAAGUCAUAAACCUGAAAAAUUAUAUCUGCCUGUAAGAGAGACUUUAAAAUGGAACAGGCAAUAAUUUAAAAAAAUCCUCAUGUUGAGGUCCAAUCAGUAAUCAUUUUAUUUUUGAAAAUCUACUUGCACAUUGUUAGAAUAUUGUUUUUAUGGCCUUGAAAAAGUAAAGCCAUUGUGUACAGAGGCCAAGUGUGGGGGUAGUGCAUUUAUAUGUACAAUGUUCAUAGCCAGACCAACCUGGAAAUUUUAUAUAAUAUGUGAUAAUAUAAAAAAUACUUCUCUAUCAAUAGCCAAUAAACAAAAUGUGGUAUACACGUAAAAUAGAAUAUCAUUCAGCGUUCUAAAGAAAGGACAUUCUAGCACAUACUACAGCAUGAGUGAACUUUGAAGACUUGAGGUUAAGUGAAGUAAGCCAUCACAAAAGGACAAAAACUAUAUCAUUCUACUUAAAUGGGGUGCCUAGAGCAGUCAAAUCCAUAGAUAGGAAGUAGAAUGGUGGUUGCUAAGGGUCCUGCAAAGUUAUUGUUUAAUGAGUACACAGUUUUCAGUUUUGCAAGAUGAAAAACGUUCUGUGAAUGGAUGGUGGUGAUGACCAAAUAAUGUGAAUGCACUUGGUGUCACUGAACUGUACACUUAAAAUGGUUAAAACAGUAACAUUUUUGUUAUGUUAUAUUUUACCACAAUUAAAAAUAAAUACUUCAAAAAAUACCUGCUCUGUGAUGCUGGGGUUGGAACCCCACAAAUCACAUUUCUGUGUUACCAGCUGCUCCAGGUUAGAUUUUAUUAAACUUUGCCAAGAAGCAGAGUGGGUCUAGAGGGACACUGCAAGGCUGGAGGAGGGAAAGAGGACUCGCUUCUUCAUCUGUGUUGUCUGUAGCGUCCUGCAGGCUUUCUGUUCAGGAGCAUCAUCCGGCCGUG